GCUUUCAACUCCGACAGGACAAGCGAGAGUCGACGAACUCACACGAAAACACAGGAGUAACGGAAUAUCUGACCGAAUACUCCACCAAACUGUCCCGGGCUGGUCAGACACUUGACUCCUGUCAUUGGACCAGCUGGCAUUGGACGGGGUGUCGGACCCUCCCCCUGCAUGGCAGCAAAAUUAGACAAUAGCUGGGGGUGUUCAAUAUCAUCCCUCCCCCCUUCUCUUUGUUUCCCCCUCCUACAUAUCCAAGACGCAGAUACAUAUUGACUAUCUUACACCAACACGUUAUAAAACAAUACCCUGGGAUACCUCUGUGGCCCCACACUUUGUAGGGGCCAUGAGACUUUUCCAGGACUGCUGCUGCUAAGGACCAACUGGGAACAAAAUCCGUUUCCUUCCAGCGACUGGACACAUCCUUCCAGUUCCUACGUCUUUGCUAGAGCUAGACGGAAGCUCGGUUGAUCAUUAAGUCAUGAAAACACCAGAGGACCAUUGGGAGUUUCCAUUCCGAGUUGAAUAUUAACAGGCUGAAAGACUGCAAAGCUAAAUCAACCUGCAGCAAAUAUCUCAACAUAUCUUUUAGAAUAAACGAUACCUCUCCUUAGCAGAUUCAUCCACAUCUGAAGUGCCUUGUGCUUCAUCAAACUUGUUUACAUCUAUUCCACAUAUCUAAGCCGUUUGCCAAUCCUUGAAAUUAGACUUAUUGUUUACAUCUCUACGCCUUACAGCUUUCCAAACCAUAUCUGUUUCAUUGGUGUCUUCUGUUUGGGUGCAUAAGAGUCGCCGUCUCGUAUAUCAGAGAUACAAGGAAUGAGAUCACCAAUAGAGUUCAGUUCCUCAAACUCAUCCAAACUUAAAUCGCUCUUCAUUUGACUCUCAGUGGUGCACUACUAGCUUGAGUGUCACCAUGUACACGCUGCAGACCAAAUGGCGUUACUUGAUCAUGUUUUUGGGCGUCCAGUUAGUGGUCAUGGCUCUUCUGUCUAGAGAAGGCUACCAGAAAAGAGUGUCGUAUUUUUUCCGGAUUUUCCGUAAGCCGGAUUCCUCGGCAGGAAGCAUGGUUGGUGGACGCAACCAUACAGAUGUCUAUGCCAACCUUUCCCGGUUAGGUCCUCCUCUAAAUAGAGAUGACAUGCCCUACUGCCCCAAGCAAUCUCCACACCUAGUUGGACCAAUUCAUGUCACUUUCCCCUCCGGGCUCACACUUGGCGACGUGGAGAGGAAGAAUCCCCUUGUUGUCCGUGGAGGCCGCUAUAGGCCGCCCAACUGUGAGGCUCGCCACCGCACCGCAAUAAUCAUUCCUCACAGAAGCCGGGAGCACCAUCUCAAGUUCCUCCUCUACUAUCUGCACCCCUUCCUACAGCGCCAGCAGCUCAACUACGGCAUCUAUGUCAUUCACCAGGCUGGUAAUUACACCUUUAACCGAGCGAAGCUGAUGAACGUGGGCUUUCGUGAGGCCAUGAGGGACGAGGACUGGGACUGUCUCUUCUUUCAUGACGUGGACCUCAUUCCAGAGGACGACCGCAACACCUACAUCUGCGACGCUCACCCUAAACACGCUGCCAUCGCCAUGGACAAAUUUGGCUACAAGUUGCCUUAUAAAAUGUAUUUUGGUGGAGUGUCGGCUCUGAGUCCUGAUCAAUACCUCAAGAUGAACGGCUUCCCGAAUAAUUACUGGGGCUGGGGUGGAGAAGAUGACGACAUUGGCGUCCGGGUUUCGCUUGGAGGAAUGGUGAUCAGCCGUCCAUCCAUAACCGUGGGCCGAUAUAAGAUGAUCAAACACAAGCACGACAAAGGCAAUGAAGUGAAUCCCAAAAGGUUUAACAUGUUGGCCAAGACCCGUCAAACGUGGAAAGAAGACGGCAUGAAUACAGUGGAGUAUGAGAUCAUAUCCCGGGAUUACCAAUCGCUCUACACCAACAUCACAGUCAACAUCGGCACAGAGGCAGGCCUGCACCCGACCAAAAAUAAACCAGCUUCCUAACCAGCUCCCAGAAUUCAUGCCCAUCCCCAAAUGCUGACCACUCUCCCACAAUGCACAUGGCCAGUGAAUCCACAGGAAGCCUUUACCGCACCACAGACCUUCAGUUUCCUCUGGUGCCAUCUAGUGGUCUCACGAUUCUUUAGUUUCUUUCUCUUCCUCCAAAGUUUGAUCCUGUGUUCACUGGUUCACUUUAUCAGUCAGGACGCUGCAGAAACUGGGGAUCGCUCUGCAGGAAGGAUGCGUUUUCCUGACGGACAAACUCCUCAUGCAUCCUCCGUGCCCCGUCAGCACCAUUUAUAAACCUCUGUUGCCUUAGAAUCAAGCUGCACUCGCUCCUUACAUUUCUUUCAUGACUAUUGAAGCAUCACGGUUGAUGUUUCAGGCCGACUUUUAGGAGAGGACGAUGUUAGUUUUUCUGCCACACGAAUGAGAUAGUGAAGCAGGCCGAUGUGCUGCAUACGUUUGCUGCACUACUCUGUGAGUCAGUUGCAUUUCCUAUGCGGUAAAUUAGUGCUUUUGAUUACGUACUGUAUUGUUUUCCUGAUGGGUGGAGUAAUGGAGAUAUAUAUACUGGCCUCUUUGGUAGUAAUAACCACUCGACUUGUACUGAAUUUCUCUUUACUUCUUUAUUUUUUUUUUCAUUCCCGAAUUGCCUUUUGGUUGGCUGAGUAAUAAUGUUAGCUUUUAUAAUCAACACGCUGCCUCUCCUUAUCAUGAUUUAUUCCACACGUUAUAUUUUAUUUUAUCUGCAUGAGUUUUGUUUUAUUGCUGGUUGUGUGCGGUCGUUUGCUUUGGAUUAGAAGUGGGGUUGUUGAAUGUAGCCCUUUCUUUCUCCUCGAUGAGGAAAUGUCAUAUUAGGGCAAAGAGCAUCGUGUUGUGGCCGUUCAGUUAGGAAGUCUUCAAGUUUUUGUCUCGUUCCCAUUUGAGUCCAGCAUUUGUUUAUAAAAAAAAAAAUAAGAGCCUCUUGCAUUUAUUAUCCGAAAGCUUCAGAAAGCAUCUCCGUUAAAUUGAAUUCAAUCAAAAAAUUAGAUUAAAUCGUUAAUAAAGAAGUAUUGUUAAAAUGUUCAAAAAAGUACAUUUAAUAUUUUUUUUUAUCAUUUUUACGUUAACAGUUAUAUAGAAUCAAAUGCAGUACCAAUUGUAAAACCGUAUUUUACCAUUAAACCAUAAAUUACUGAAAUGAUUAUAUACAUUUAUAAACCAUAUUCACAUACACUUUUGCAGUGAAUCAAAGCUAACUCUCACAAAGCAUUAAACAUGUUAAAAUUGUGCUGUUAAAUUCGAUUUGUUGCAUUCAAAUGCAUUGCUAUAAAACCGAUUUUAUGUGAAGUGGUGAAACAAAUAGUGCGCUAACAUUUGUAAAACCAUUGGUUGUUAAAUGUGCCAAUAUUAUACAUUAAAUGUGCAAGCGUGCAUAAUUUAGUAUGGUUCAGGUGAAAUGCUGCGUUUAGAUAACUGCUCGAAUAUCUGUAAAUUCAUUCUUGCAUAAAUUGGUUGAUUUUGCAUAAAAAUACUAUGUCUUAUUUAAAUUAAUGCAUUACAUGCCCAUAAAGCAUUAGGGAGAGUUCACCCUCGAGUGAAAAUUGUCAUAUUUAGUCAUUCUUGACUCGUUCCAAACCAGUUUGAUAUUCUUUGUCCUGUUGGGCACAAAAAAAGAUAUUUUGAAGAAUGUUGGAAACUGGUAACCAUAGACUUUCAUACUCAAACAGAUACUCUGGACGUGUCAUUUGUUACUGGUUUCAACUGAACACUAAAAUCCAAACUGGUUUUGAAAAUUCAAGGAUGAGUCAGAAUUAAAUCUUUGGAUGAACUGUCCCUUUAAAUUGAAUGCACCAAUAUCCUUAAUCUUUCAAUAAUUUUGAUCCAAAAUCAUUGUUUGAAAUUUAUCUUUCAAGUAAUUUGAUUUACAACUUCACAAAUGCACUAACAAUCAUAAAAGUACAUUUGCUCUUUGAAUUGCACACACUUGGAUAAAUAAACCAUUCAAUGCAACUUUGGAUGGAUUAGAAAUAAUUGACAUGUUGUAAAGAAAUAAAGUAUAUUCUCAAAUGUAAUUUUACAAAUGAGCAGUUGACCGAUGAUUAAAGUCUCGGUUAAAUUGAAUUAGACAAAUAUUGUAAUUAAUUGUUGACAUAAAAUCAUUCUUUAGUUCAGUUAAAACAUGCUAAAGGACAUUACGUUGAUUUAUUUUUGGAACCAUUUUUACAUUAGUAGUUAUAGAGAAUGAAAUGCGGUAACAUUUGAAAAAACUGUAUUUUGUCAGAAAUUAUUCAUUUACAAAAUAUUACUAUAUUAUUUUUAUGGCAUUACUAUAAAAACCAUUUUUAUGUCAAGUGGUGAAACGAAUAAAGUCGCUAACAUUUGUAAAACCAUUGCGUGUUAAAUGCGGCAAUGUUAAACAUUAACUGUGCAAGCGUGCAUAAUUUAGUAUGGUUCAGGUGAAAUGCUCCUUUUCGAUAACAGCUUGAAUAUCUGUAAAUUCGUUCUUGCAUAAAUUGGUUGAAUGGAUCAAAAGAACUUGCGUGAAAAUACUCUGCCUUAUUUCAAUUAAUGUGUUAAACGUUAUGAUCAUAAAACUUUAAGAAAAGUGUUGCACUAAAGGGAUAUUUCACCAAAAAAAUAAAACCGUCAUCAUUUACUAAAAUCCUUGACUUCUUUCAAACCUGUUUGACAUUCUUUGUCCUGUUGAGCACAAAAAAAGAGAUAUUUUAAAGAAUGUUGUAAACUGGUAACCAUUGACUUUCAUAUUCCAACACAUACUAUGGGAGUCAGUUGUUAAAGGUUUCCAACAUUCUUUAAAAUAUUUCCUAUUUUUGCGCAACCGAACAAUAAAAUCCAAACUGGUUUGGAACAAUUGAAGUAUGAGGCAUAGUUAAAUUUGAAGAACUGUUCUUUUAAAUUGAAUGCACCAAUAUCCUUUUCGAUACCUCUCAUCCGAAAUCAUUGUUUGAAAACCGUCCUUUGCAUAAAUCAUUUACAUUUUUACAAAUGUGCUAACAAUCGUAAAACCAUUCAUGAAAGUACAUUUGCCCUUUGAAUUGCACACACUUAUAUAAAUAAACCAUUCAAUGCAACUUCUUACAUUUGAAUUAGAAAUAAUUGACAUGCUGUAAAGAAAUAAAGUAUAUUCUCAAAUGUAAUUUUACAAAUGAGCAAUUGACCGAUGAUGAAAGUCUCGGUUAAAUGAAUUCAACAAAAAAAUUCUAAUUAAUUGUUGAUAUAAAAUCAUUCUUUAGUUCAGUUAAAAUAUGUUAAAGGACAUUACAUUGAUUUAUUUGUGGAAUUAUUCUUACAUUAGUAGUUAUAGAGAAUGAAAUGCGGUAACAUUUAAAAAAACAGUUUUUUAACUCUUUUUAAAUUUUUUUUUUUUUUUUCAUUUUCAUUGAAAAACACCUUAAUACAUUACAUACAGUACUGCCUAAAUCCUUACAAGGAGAUAUACCAUAUAUCAAAAUUCUCUUGGAAGUACUCACUACAGUACUUACUACAAAAGGGAACUCAAAACCCUCCCCCACCCCCAAAAAAUAUUUACCAUACAUCAUUUAAAACUAUAAAUUUGUAAGCCGUUUAACACACACUUUUGAAGUGAAUCAAUGCUAACUCUCACAAAACGUUAAACACAUUUAAAUUGUGCCGUUAAAUUAAAUGCUAUGAUAUUCAUAAAGUUCAUCAGUUUUUUUAAGUUGGCACAUCCUUAUUCUAUUUUUAUGCAAACCAUUGCAUUCAAAUGCAUUGCUAUAAAAACAUUUUGUGAAGUGGUGAAAUUAAUGAAGUGCGCUCGCAUCUGUAAAACCAUCGGCUGUUAAAUGUGCCAAUAUUAUACAUUGAACUGUGCAAGUGUGCAUAAUUUAGUAUGGUUCGCGUAAAAUGCUGCUCGAAUAUUUGUAAAUUCGUAGUUGCAUAAAUUGGUUGAAUGAAUCGAAAGAACUUGCAUAAAAAUACUCUGCCUUAUAACAUUAAUGCAUUGUUAUGUCCAUAAAACAUUGUGUUGCAUUAAAGGGAUAGUUCACACAAAAUGAAAAUGAUCAUUAUUUACUAAUCCUUGACUUCCAAACCUGUUUGACAUCAUUUGUCCUGUUGAGCACAAAAGAAGAUAUUUUGAAGAAUGUUUUAAAUCAUUGACUUUCAUACUGAAACAAAUACUACGUUAGUCAAUCGUUACUGGUUUCCAACAUUCUUCAAAAUAUCUUCUUUUGUGCUCAACAGAACAACCAAAUCCAAACUGGUUUGGAACAAUUCAAGUAUGAGGCAUAAUUAAAUUGGAUGAACGGCCCAUUUAAAUUGAAUGCACCAAUAUCCUUAGACUUUUUCUGAUACCUCUCAUAUGAAAUCCAUCCUUUGCAUAAAUCAUUUACAUUUUUACAAAUGUGCUAACAAUCGUAAAACCAUUCAUACAAGUACAUUUGCCUUUUGAAUUGCACACACUUAUAUAAAUCAAACCAUUCAAUGCAACUUCUUACCUUUGAAUUAGAAAUAAUUGACAUGUUGUAAAGAAAUGAAGUAUAUUCUCAAAAGUAAUUUUACAAAUGAGCAGGAGAGCGAUGAUGAUGACAAACGAACACAAAAGCAGUGCUGAAAAUUAGCGAACAAUUUCCUUACAUUGAAACGGCAUCGUCCCUGUCUAAAUGUCCUACAGUUUCAUAGUGAAACAGACUCUUGACGGUCCGGCUAUUAAAAAACACGGCCGUUUCAGAUGGAUCUGUGCAUGCGUGAGGUGAAUGACAGCAAAUGUACGUCUCAGAUUUGUGUUUGUGAGGCUGACAAAACUCUACUUCGUUAUUCAGAAGCUGCUGAUUUCGGGGUGAAUGUGAAAGGUGGAGGUUUCAAUCUCUUUAAUAUGUUUGCUGUGUUUGGAGAUUAUAAGUGCUCGUUCGAAUGAAAAAUAAUGGUGUUGGGUUGAGGCAGAGAUACCAAAAAAUAAUCAUAUCAUAUUUUUUAAAGCAUGCUUUCUUUCUUUUUUUUUCCUGUUUUGCUUAGUCAUUUUUAAUGCAAAGAUGUAGGUGGUCAAUUAUGGUCAGGUUAAUUAAACCUGUCUAUUUACUACACCAGUCUGUUGUCACAUAGAAAUAUCACCAGAGUGUAAUUUUUGACUUUUGAUUUUGGGAUGUAAUGGGUGACUGGAGAUGUUUAUGCUUCAUCUUUGAGAAUUUAUAUUUGAUAACUAUCCCGAUCGCCAUCAUAGAAGGUACUACUUUUUUUGGCGCUGUUCAGCCACGAAUGCUAUAGUUUGAUAUGUACAGAUGAUGGGCUGCACACUACUCAGGUGGGAUGAUGAUCAGACAUUUCUAAAUGUGCCUUAUUGGGCGUCCGUAAUCUCAAGUUCUUCGGUGGGCAGUGCUCUCGGUGCGAGGCAUUCGAUUCUCUUUAUGAAGUCUGCACACUACUCAGCGGCCUUAUGAUGAUUUAAUAAAAACAGAUGUUAAUGUAUGAAA